UAUCCGAUUGAUUCAAAUGAUUAUCUGGCAGCAGCCCGCGUACCAGGGCUAACCCCCCGAAUUGGGAACACAAUCAGUUCCACGUGCGCGCUGCUGGUGGUUAUAAUGUCUCUGUUGCGUAGGCUGUGCGCUUAAUUUAGACUGGCACUCGCAGUAAAGAACAACUAAAUGAUAGUGUUGAGGACGGUAUACCCGCGCUGGCUAUAUAACCCUACUCGAUACACAGCCCGGAGAUUCUAUUUUCCUCCUUAGUGCUUCAAGAUGCAGCAUCUCAAGAUAGAAGACUUUGAACCGCGAAAUCCCGGCGCCUGGUCAUCGGCGUCCUCGUCGUCCAUCAGUUCGGGAUCCAACUCACCCAAAGAUAAUAAGAUGGGCUUCCGCAACUGGAUGGUGGAGACGGAAACGGCCAGAGAGCAGACACCACCCAGCAGUGACCUCGAGGCGUCGCUACCGUCUCCAUCCAAUCUACCAUUCUUCCCGCGUAAACGCCGCGAAUCGCGCAAAGAGCGUCGUGCCCGGACGACCUUUACCAGCCAGCAGACCCAGAUCCUGGAAGCAGAAUACCGCCGCUCCGAGUACAUUAGCCGACCGCGCCGCUACGAACUGGCCACCCAGCUCAGUCUCAAAGAAGUCCAGAUCAAAAUCUGGUACCAGAACCGCCGCGCUAAGGAUAAACGCAUCGAAAAAGCAUCCUGGGAUCGACAAUACCGAUGUCUUGGCCUGAUGGCGGUGGCAGCGGCCGGUCAGUUUCCAGCCGGCGGGACAACGCCACCCGCCACGACCGCCACCGGAUCAUUGAGUGCCAAUUAUCGCCAGUUACUGACGAACAAUCCAGCCACUCCACAUCCGCUGCACAUCUUCCCCACCGGCAGUCAUGCGCCCCUCUCGCUCCCCUUUCCCUUCCUGACCACCAUGCAUAUGGCAGCGGCAGCCGCGGCGGCGGCGCGCGCAGGAACGGCACAAUUUAAUGUCGACAAGGAAAAAGUUAAAAUCAAGUGACACCGGGAAACGUUUCAAAUGAGUCAUUUUGUUACUAUAUAAAGCGAAUUAUACACGUUGUUUUCUUAAUAUGGAUGAUAAUUUAGAAUUAAUUUUUAGUGUGGUGUACUGCGUACAGAUGCACACCAUUAUUAUUGAUUUUUUUAUUAUUAUCAUGAUUGCGGCGCUGUUUGUAAUAAUCUUAGCGGCACAUUUCAAUAGGCACUGAUUUAUCAUCAUAA